UUAAAAUGUUUAUUUCCAGAAAGGAGCAACAUGGGUCGUAAAAAUAGGAACAAGAAGCCUACUGCUAGUAAUGGAGCGUCAGGUUCAACAGAAUCAAGUAAACAGUUGAGCAAGACAGCAAAAAAAGAUAUAAUGGAUCUUGUUAAAACCCUUUUAGAAAAAUGCUCACAGCCUGGAGGGAGUGGCUCAAAGGAGUUUGAAGAUUACCUUGAGAUUAGAGGUACAGUGGAGAAGAUAAGGGAUUUGCAAAAAGACAUAAACUUUGUGUGCGAAAAGAGAGAAGAUAAAUUCCCAAUAUUUAUGGAAUGGUUGAAGAAUAAUAAAGUAGAUGUAGGGUGUGUUGACAUUCACUGUUUCCCAGGACUAGGAUACGGUCUUCAAGCAACGAAAGAUCUUAAGGAAGGAGACCAGUUCUUAGCGAUUCCUAGAAAUAUAAUGAUGACCACAGAAUCAGCAAAGAGCUCUCCAUUAGGUCCCUUGAUAAGCAUGGAUAGGAUACUUCAAGUUAUGCCGAGUGUUGUGUUAGCAUUACAUCUUCUGUGUGAAAGGCAAUCACAAGACUCCAACUGGAGACCGUAUCUAAAUAUCCUCCCUGAGUCCUACAACACACCACUUUACUUCACACCAGAAGACCUCAAAUAUCUGAAGGGAUCACCUGCUCAAAGUGACUGUAUAAACCAGUACAGAAAUAUUGUGAGACAGUAUGCCUACUUCUAUAAACUGUUCCAGAACGAUGUUUCUUCAAACAACCUACCAUUCAAAGACUCUUUUACUUUUGAUGACUACAGAUGGGCUGUAUCAACUGUGAUGACCAGACAGAACCAGAUCCCAACUCCUGAUGGCAGUAAGAUGACAUUUGCUCUAAUACCACUUUGGGAUAUGUGUAACCAUUGUAAUGGCCUAAUAACGACAGAUUUUAACCUGGAGAAGGAAUGUAGUGAAUGUUACUCAUUAAGAAAUUAUUCUAAAGGAGAGCAGAUAUUUAUUUUUUAUGGAGCAAGAUCUAAUGCAGAAUUACUGGUGAAUAAUGGAUUUGUGUACUUAGAGAAUGAACAUGACAGAAUGGCCAUUAAAUUAGGAAUUAGUAAAAGUGAUCCAUUGUUCAGCCUGAAGUCAGAGAUCUUAACCAGAUGUGGCCUUCAACCGUCAAGGACAUUUUACCUGCACACAGGAGAGCUACCUGUAGACAGUGAUCUGUUGGUGUUUCUGAGGAUAUUUCAAAUGGAUGAAAAUACACUAAAAGGAAAGUUUUCUGAGGCCAAUGCAGCAGAGUUACGAGAAGAACUUGGUGACCUUGAGAAAGUAGUGUCUGUUGACGUAGAAACAAAAGUGUGGAAUUACCUUGAGACCAGGUCCUCGCUCUUGAUGAAAGCUUACGACUCCUCUGCUGAGGAAGAUACAAAGAUACUAAAGAAGGAGAAACUGUCUGAAAAUGCUACAUUAUGUGUUCAUUUAAGACGCUGUGAGAAAAACAUUCUCAAAUCUGCAGGGGAAUACGCCGCUCAGAGAAAACAGAAGUUACAGGUUGUGCAAGAAACAACCUAGUUGAUGUUGAUAACUGACUGCAAUAAAUUAUUUAUUCAAAAUGAAGGAUGUUUAAAACCAGGUUAAUAUAUCACAGAGAGUGGUGCAAUAUACAGAGAGGAGGUUUAUUUUACCCCCAAAAAAACAGGGAGACAGAAGGCAUUGUAAAUCAUCUUGUGUGGGAAAUUAAUGGAUAUUUGUCAAAUAAGGGAAACCUUUUUAUGCCCCCACAAUGUGGGAGCAUAUAGCGUUGCACUUGUCCGUCCGUCCGUCAGUCAGUCCGUCCGUACGUCCCGAAAUCUUGUGAACGCAACUCCUCUUAAACCGGAUGGCAGAUUUUGCUUAAACUUACAGGGAUGAACAACCUUAAUGUGUAGAUGGUAGUAAAGGAAGGAAUUUUUGCUGCGACCAAAUUUAACAGAAUUAUGGCCCUUUGUUGAUUUUUUCACUAGAUACUAUGUAGAAAUUUUGUGAACGCAACUCCUCUUAAACCGGAUGGCAGAUUUUGCUUAAACUUACAGGGAUGAACAACCUUAAUGUGUAGAUGGUAGUAAAGGAAGGAAUUUUCGCUGCGACCAAAUUUUACAGAAUUAUGGCCCUUUGUUGAUUUUUUCACUAGAUACUAUGUAGAAAUUUUGUGAACGCAACUCCUCUUAAACCGGAUGGCAGAUUUUGCUUAAACUUACAGGGAUGAACAACCUUAAUGUGUAGAUGGCAGUAAAGGAAGGAAUUUUCGCUGCUACCAAAUUUUACAGAAUUAUGGCCCUUUGUUGAUUUUUUCACUAUAUACUAUGUAGAAAUUUUGUGAACGCAACUCCUCUUAAACCGGAUGGCAGAUUUUGCUUAAACUUACAGGGAUGAACAACCUUAAGGUGUAGAUGGUAGUAAAGGAAGGAAUUUUCGCUGCAACCAAAUUUUACAGAAUUAUGGCCCUUUGUUGAUUUUUUCACUUUAUACUAUGUAGAAAUUUUGUGAACGCAACUCCUCUUAAACCGGAUGGCAGAUUUUGCUUAAACUUCCAGGGAUUAACAUCCUUAAUGUGUAGAUCGUAGUAAAGGAAGGAUAUUUUGCUGCGACCAAAUUUAACAGAAUUAUGGCCGUUUGUUGAUUUUUAGUUUUCAACUUGUGGCACAUGUAGUCCAAAAAAUAUUUGACCUAGAGUCAUAAGAUUGACAGAACAGUGGCGUGUGGGGGCAUCAGUGUCCUAUGGACACAUUUCUAGUUAUUGUCUAGAUAGUGGAUGAACCUGUUUCAGAAUCAGAUUUUAUACAUUUUAAAAGGAUAAUAGGCUGUUUAUUAUGGAUGUUUGUGUUAAAGUGUCUUACUAAUGCAUAUCAAUAAGCAUAUUGUUUUUCUUGUUAUAAAUUUUAUUGGAAAAUUGUGGAACAGUAAAUAAAUUGAAAGCAACUGACACUUUAAAAGGACUUUUACUAAAUAUAUGUUUUUAAUUCUUUAUUUUUUAAUUCCAAAUUAAUCUGCUGUAAAGUUGUGGGAUUCACUAUUAAUGCUUUGAAUGUAAUUGUAAAACAGUACAUUGAUAUUCAAUGUUAAGAAUUUCAGCAACAAAACACAGAAUUUAGGCAGACAACAAUAAAGAGUUAGGUCAGAUUGUAUAUGCAUGUAGGUUGACUAUUAUAUUUUAGUGACAUUGGCAUAUCAUCAUGGCUACUAACUCUCAAAAGUUUUAUAAAAAACAGAAAGAAAGCAGAAAAUAUAUUUCAGUAAUUCUAAAGUAUUUUUUUAAUGUUUUUGAUAAAUUUGGUGAAAUUUAGCCUUUCUAUGUUAGUUUUUAGCUUGACCAUUCAAAGAAUAAGGGGAGCUGUUGUACUCACUCUGGCAUAAGACUCACACAUUAUUUAAGUUUUUACCUGAAAAUUGAUGUCACCAUUUCUACUGAAGGGAAUGGGUUGAAACUUAACAUACUUAUUUCAGAGCAUAAGAGAGGUUACUGUCCAAGGCCCAGGACUCUUACAUGGACUUUGACAGAAUUAUGUCCCUUUUUGAACUUGGAGAAAUUCUAGAUUAUCCAGGCUCUUGUUUUACUUCCAAGCUCUGAGAAAAGUUGAGCACACUGUUCUAUUGACAGCUCUUGUUGAUAAUUGAUAAUAUAAUUGUUUUGCUGUGAAAUUAGAGUUGUCUGUUUCAAAUACAAGGGUUUGUAAUAUUUGGGCGGCCACCAGUAUAGAGCUAUAGAGCUUGUAGGUAGUAUGGCAGUGCAAAGCUUGCCUGGCUUUUAAACUUCUUGCACCUGACUUUUAUUAUGCUUGGCAUUCAGAGAGUUUUUGAUGUAAUAUAUAUUUUAUAGAUAUAUGUUUUAUAAUGUUUAUUGAUAUAAUUAUCAUAUUUUGAAAAUGAAGAAACAUAAAUACGAUAUUUCUACAUGUCAUAACUGCGAUAUUUCUCCAUUUGAAAGAUUUUACAUGAGGGACAUUUAUAAGGUAGUGAGGUGUGGGGGGGGGGGGUAAAUGGUAGUAAUUUCUGGUUGUACUAGCAAUGUGAAUGGCAGCUGGAAAUUUGUAUUCAAACAUUAUUCAAGAAUCUUCUCUAUUUUUCAAAGCAAUUUGAUCCACAGUAUUAUAUUUGGUCAAAUUCAGAUAUAUAAUAAUUUUUACUGCUUACAAGAAUUAGAAGUCAUUGUUUUAUAAAUCCAUUACUACUAAAACUUGUGUAUGAUAAUUAUUGCAUCAUGUAUAUUUAAUGAUGUGUUAAAAUGAUUUAUUUACAUGAAUUACUUACAUGAAUUAUAGUUCACUCAUUAAAUAAUUUAUUCACAUAAAUAACUUACAUGAAUAGUUCACUCAUUAAAUAAUUUAUUUACAUGAAUUGUUUACACAUGAAAUAAUUUAUUUACAUGAAUAACGUACAUGUUAGUUCACACAUAUCAUCCUAACUUACAAUUUGUUAAAAAAAAGUUUGUGUGGGUGCUUUUUUAGCUCACCUGUCACAAAGUGACAGGGUGAGCUUUUGUGAUCGCUUUUCGUCCGGCGUCCGGCCGUAAACUUUUACUUUAAAUGACAUCUCCUCAUAAACCACUAAGCCAAUUUCAUCCAAACUUCACAGGAAUGUUCCUUUGGUGGUCACCUUUAAAAAUUGUUCAAAGAAUUUAAUUCCAUGCAGAACUCUGGUUGCCAUGGCAACCGAAAUAAAAAACUUUAAAUAUCUUCUUUUAAAAAAAAACCAAGAGCUAGAGCUUAGAUAUUUGGCAUGAAACAUCUUCUAGUGAGUGUCUACCAAGUUUGUUCAAAUAAAAGCCCUGGGGUCAAAAUUGGCCCCGCCCCAGGGGUCAUUGAUUUUCCCUAUAUGCAUAUAGUAAAAACUUAAAAAAUCUUCUUUUAAAGAACCCAAAGAGCUAGAACUAAGAUAUUUAGCAUGAAACAUGUUCUAAUGGGUGUCUACCAAGUUUGUUCAAAUAAAAGCCCUGGGGUCAAAAUUGGCCCCGCCCCGAGGGGUCAUUGAUUUUCCCUAUAUGCAUAUAGUAAAAACUUAAAAAAUCUUCUUUUAAAGAACCCAAAGAGUUAGAGCUAAGAUAUUUAGCAUGAAACAUGUUCUAAUAAGUGUCUACCAAGUUUGUUCAAAUAAAAGCCCUGGGGUCAAAAUUGGCCCCGCCCAGGGGGUCAUUGAUUUUCCCUAUAUGCAUAUAGUAAAAACUUAAAAAGUCUUCUUUUAAAGAACCCAAAGAGCUAGAGCUAAGAUAUUUAGCAUGAAACAUGCUCUAAUGGGUGUCUACCAAGUUUGUUCAAAUAAAAGCCCUGGGGUCAAAAUUGGCCCCGCCCCGGGGGGUCAUUGAUUUUUCCUAUAUGCAUAUAGUAAAAACUUAAAAAAAUCUUCUUUUAAAGAACUCAAAGAGCUAUGGCUAAGAUUUUGAGCAUCAAACAUGUUCUAAUAGGUGUCUACCAAGUUUGUUCAAAUAAAAGCCCUGGGGUCAAAAUUGGCCCCGCCCCAGGGGUGUCAUUGUUUUUAACUAUAUGUGUAUAGUAAAAACUUUAAAAAAAUCUUCUUUUAAAAAGCCCAAUGAGCUAGAGCUUAGAUGUUUAGCAUGAAACAUCUUCUUAUGGGUGUCUACCAAUUUUGUGCAAAUAAAAGCCCUUGGGUUAAAAUUGGCCCUGCAACGAUGUGGGGGGGGGCCUAUAUACAGGUGAGCGACCUCAGGGCCAUCAUGGCCCUCUUGUUAUGAUUAUUUUUUUUUGUUUCUUAUUAAUUUUAUUACAUUCUUUUUAUUAUGCAUGCUUUAUAACUUUGUUUGGAAAGACCUUUGUUAGAGGGUAAAUUUGAUUGAACUUCUUGAACAUGAUGAACUUUUUUGUACAUUUUUCAUUAGAGUGUAUUGGGUUGUAAAAUUGCAUUAUUUCUUGAUAUACAACAAAACCAUUAAAUGACAUUUAGUCAUUACAGUAAUGUACUUUUCUGUUCAUGAAUGUGUUAAAGUCAUUUUUAUCAAAGGCACAUACCUCUAACAUGGAUAUUGACAUAAUUUUGGCCGUUUUGAAGUUAUAAAAUUCUACAGUAUCCAGCCUCUUGUUUUAACUGUCAAGCACUGAGAACAGUCCAGCAUGCUGUCUUCUUGACAGAAUUUGUUAUAUAAACUGUAAAUACAUUGUAGUUGAAUUGAAGUGCUUAAAUGUUCAAACUUUUUACCCUUUGUACUUUUAAAUAACCAAAUUGGGUUUUCUUUGAGCUUAUUUUAGGUACAGUCCUAGUCUUCCACAUG